CCCCAACCCCCCCCCCCUCCCCCAGUCCCACAGUGGCAUCUUCUGCAUGUCUUUGAAUGCUGCCCAGGUUGUGACAUUGCGGCCUGAGCUCCAGGUUGAUUUUUUUAACUGUUCAUAGGCUGCUGUACCAAUGACUUGUGUCUAUCACUCCUCUCCUCAUGAUGCAUCAUCAGGGUGUCACUUUUAUUUUAGGACGUUUAACACCAGCUGCAGAAACAUUUGAUAGCUCUGAUUUUCAUACACUAGACGCAGAAAGUUCUAGUAACUCGUAUCUAAUGUUUUUUUUUUUGUUUGUUUGUUUUUGUAACAGGGAUUAUCGAUGUUGUGACAUCUAUUUUGUCUUAACAAUUUCUCACGUUUAAUCAGUUUCUUUAAAUAGCAGGCUUCAAAUGUGAAAAGUGAGCUUGUCAAGUGUUCAUCCUUUUCUAGUCACGGAAAACACUCAGAAUAGCCCACUGUCAACAAUUUCAUGUCCGUAUAGCAUUGCCAGUUAUGCCUUUUGAAUGGCUAAUGGCCCAGUGGCAUAGACCUAAAAUCGUAAAAUGAUAACAUUUUCUCUGUCAUAUAAAGCCAGUCAAUGGUAUGCUGAAUGGCCAUGGUAUUUGUCAUUUUGAAGGACCCUUUUGAGUAUAUCUGCGCAUGCACAUGAUCUUCACCACAAUUGGCAUUGUAAUCUUUGAGGGGAAAGUUUUGUUUUUUGGCAGACCUUUUGGGGGUUAUCUAUAUUUGGGGGAUUUACCAAAUCUCUUUAAAAUGUUCUUCUUUUCUGUAUCUGAUGUUCUGUGUGCUAUUAGUGAUGCAGCCAACAUGAACGGUUGUCUUGUGUUGCACACCUUUCCAACACUGCGAAACGAUCGCCCCAGGGGAAAAGCGCCCAUGCUUGAUAUCGUAUGGUUCAUGACCAAUAUGUUUCCAGUACAGGGAAAAUUCCAGAGGAGGCAAAGGCCCUGUCACUCUUGGCCCCCGCCACACCAGUCACCAAUCUAAUGCCGGGAGGCGGGCUCUUACCCAUUCCGAGUCCGGCCCCACUACAGAAUCUGGGUCUCCCCAUUGGUAAUCUGGGGGCACUACAGACUGGCCUGGACCCCUCUGUAACAUCACUGGGAGGAACCUCUUCACAGCCCCCUUUGAUGGGCAAUGUGGAUCCAUCCAAAAUUGAUGAGAUCAGGAGAACUGUAUACGUUGGCAACCUCAAUUCACAGACAACAACUGCAGAGCAGCUGCUGGAAUAUUUUAAGCAGGUCGGUGAGGUGAAGUUUGUGCGUAUGGCUGGGGACGAGACUCAGCCUACACGAUUUGCGUUUGUCGAGUUUGCCGACCAGGAGUCUGUAGCCAGAGCUCUGACCUUCAAUGGAGUCAUGUUUGGAGACAGACCUUUAAAAAUCAACCAUUCAAAUAAUGCCAUUGUGAAACCUCCAGAGAUGACACCUCAGGCUGCAGCCAAAGAGCUAGAGGAUGUGAUGAAGAGAGUACGUGAAGCUCAGUCCACAAUAGCAGCUGCCAUUGAGCCAGAUAGUAAAAAGCAUUCAUUAAGACGGUCUAAGAGAUCCCCGUCCGCAUCAAGGUCACGAUCCCACUCAAGGUCACGGUCACGUUCGCGACGAAAGCGCUCCCAUUCGAAACACAGGGGCAGACCAUCGCAGAGGUCACGUCAGAAAGGCGGUGACUUGCGUAGCUCACACAAGAGACGGUCCCGCUCUAGAGACAGGAGACGCAGCAGGUCUUGUUCCCACUCCUGUUCUAGGGAUAGGAGGAAAGUUAAGGAUGGGAAGGUGCGGAACAAGGACGAUGAAUGGGAAAAGGAAGACAGGAGAGGGCGGGACAAAAAGGGGAGAACGCCUCCUAAAAGCUAUGGCAGUUCCCGAAGGUCUUGCAGCACCAGCAGAAACCACCGAAAGAGGAGUAGGUCUGGAUCAAGGUCACCCAGAAGGAAAGCCAGGUCUCCAUCCCCAAAUAGAGGAAAAAAAGACAAAAAGCGGGAGAAAGCUAGAGAUGAAAGCAGGGAAAGAAAGGAAAGGUCCCUAUCCAGAAGGAAGAGCUGUAAAGAUAAAGAGAAACAUGAGCGUAAAGCCAAGCAGGUGGAGAGAGACUGCGACAGCGAGGAAAAAGGACGUGAGAGCGAGAGAGAGGCGUCAGGCUCAGCCAGCGAGGACACUUCACCUUGCACCCAGCAUAACGGCAGGUACAGCACACAUGGCGAUGAGGGGGAGGAGCCCUUCACUGCCAACGCCACAGAGUGAACCCCCGGCAAACAUCCCAUAUCCAAUCCCCAAGCAGGUACAAUUCCCAGCCCCCGCUGGAGAAGGUCGGGGGGAAAGGAACCAAUAUAAGACGGUGUGUAAGGUAAACCAGAAGAGUAUCAGGUUCAUCCAAGUAAGAAACUAACCAGCACACUUAUGAGCAAACCAAGCGUGCUGGAAGAGAGAAAGAGGGGAUAGUGGUGUGGUUUUGGGUGGAGCUAUACUUAAUCAUGUACCUUUCUUUCCUUUUAAAAAGCUGCUCCUUUUUCCAUUGUAAUGUGCUUGUAUGUCCUUUUCCGGCAUUUUAGAGAAUGUGAACUGCUCCCCUCCCGAUAUUUUUACUGCUGUAAAUGCGCUAUCAUAAAGUAGUCUUGUGGGGAAAAGACCCAGAAAAUGUAUAGCUUUUUGAACUAUGUUGUACUAAGAACGAUUUCAGACAGACCCACUUGCAUUUAGUUUCACUGUUUUUGUUUAACUCCUUUUAGAACUUUUCCUUAUUUAUCUUUUGUACUUAUGUUUAAUAUGGAAAUGUGUGUUUGUGUAUAUGGUCUUUCUCUGAAUGUGUUUUAACAAAGAUUUUUAUGUCCAUUUUAUCAUAACAGAGCUCCGUUAUCAUUGAGCUUAUUAUUAGUGUAUCACAGAGGCAUAAUGUAUUGUUUUCUAAAGAUAAGAGAUACAUGCUGAAAUUAUGGAGAUGCUUAAAGUGAAUGCAAAGUAACAAAGAGGACCUACCACUUAACAUUUAUGAGCCGUUCCAGUAACUUUGGCUAAAUACUGUGGGAUAAAUACUGCACGUUUUUACCUAAUGUAUUGAUCACAACAGGUGAGCUGAGGUCAACAUAUUGUAUUUUUCAGAAGUAUAGUGGUCACUUGAACACAAGAAAUUACUACAUAGAGCACCUUACACAUUCAUUCACAUUGCCUUGCUAGUAUAGGCAUAAAACAAAACAAAACAAAAACAGCCCUAAAGGAAAUGUGGAGAAGGAUACACGUCUUGACUUCCUGCAGACGAGGAAUAGACCUUCAUUGAAACAUAGAGGCAGGACUAACAGUGUAUAAACACAGUAUACUUGCAAAGAUGGUAAAGAAUUAGAUCCAUGACACACAAGUCUAGUCAGUAUGGCAUGAACAGUGGUUCUGACUAACCAUUUUUUAAAGGUAUUUUACACAAACCAACGAGUUUAAGCAUGAUAUAUACUGUAGUCAAUUAUACUACUACUAAUACAGUAUUUAUACCUGAACCAGAUUUGUUUUCAUGCAGAUUUAAAGGGUUAUGAAGACUGUACUUACUUUUGUUCUUCAGGCUGAACAUAUGCAAAUCUUUUACAGCAUAUGAUAUGAAAGACUUUGUUCUUCAUUUCACAUGAAAGGUUAAUGAGAGGUAUUUUAAGAUUUAAAAAGUGGUAAUAAGGGAUGAAAUUUCAUCCUAACAAGAAUUAACAGGCUUUGGAAAAUUAUUUAUUUUUUAUAUGAAGUCAGUUAUGUUUCGUCAAGAAUUUGUAUUGAUUCUGGAGUCUGUAUUAAUGUGUCUUUUCAAAAUGAUGAAUUAACAUAUUACAAGUGAAUAAAAACCCUUAG